AUGUCUGAGAAAAAAAUGACAUCCAGCCGCAGGCAUCACCUGAAGAGCCUGAUGCUCCAGAUCGCUCAGGGUCUGCUUGAGGCUGAAGCGGCUGAAGCUGCCCAAGAGAAGGAGAGAUACAUGGAGGAGAACUGCCCCGAUCUCUCUCUCCCAGGGACCAUGCAGGAGCUCCAGGACUUGUGCAAAAAGCUUCACCAGCAGAUUGAUUCUGUUGACGAGCAGAGAUACGACAUGGAGAGCAAAGUGGUCAAAUCCAACAAAGAGAUCGAGGAUCUUAAAAUGAAAGUGCAGGAUCUGAAGGGCAAGUUUAAGAAGCCAGCUCUGAAGAAGGUGCGCAUGUCUGCUGAUGCUAUGCUGCAGGCUCUCCUGGGCUCCAAACACAAAGUGUCCAUGGAUCUGAGGGCCAACCUCAAACAAGUGAAGAAGGAGGUGAAAGAGGAGGAGAAAGAAGCCGUGGGCGACUGGCGUAAGAACAUCGAGGACAAGGCCGGCAUGGACGGCAGGAAGAAGAUGUUUGAGGCCGACGCCUAA